AUGAGCUACCUACUAGACACUGCAGGAUUAAACCAGCACGUGUCUUUUCCGACCUGUAUUUCCAGAGGCAACUUGAAGUCCUGCCUCGACGUUGUCAUCUCCAACGUACCAGAAGAAGACCUAUCUGUCACAUGGUAUACCCCUGUCGGAGCGUCAGAUCAUGUACUCGUCGGAGGACAUGUGUCCCUUGCAUGCCCACCACAAGCACCAACACCCCAGCAAAACGUCGAAGCUUGGCGCUGGAACUGGGACCCUGAUCGCGUCGUCGCACUGAAAGAAGCCCUGAGCUCAAUGCAGCUUUUGCCACCAGCUGAGGAAAUCCCGCAGUUAUCAAUGACAGACCUCUGGUCGCAUUGGCAUGACUCGCUUAUCAACACAGCACACUUGUACUGUACUAACUUCGCACCACGACGUACACACCAGACAUGCCCAGGUCGGCGACCAUGGAUGACUCAACAGCUUCUUUGCAGCAUUAAACUCAAGCAUCAGCUCUACCGUCAGUAUCUCAGAACUCGCAGCGCCGAGAACUGGCUCACAUUCGUUACUCAACGCAAUAGGACCACAACACUACUGAGAGAAGCUAAAUCCACCAUCGUAUCCACUACCGCGCAAGGCGACGUAACUGGUGUCCCACAGCGAAACCUGUACAAGUUAAUGAAAUCACUGCGGUCGUCCCCGAAAAAGGAGCUUCCACCUAUUUCAGCGAACGAAACAGUGGCUAGAUCAGAUGGAGAAAAGGCGGAAGCGUUUAACAAUUUUUUCAUUUCGGAAAGCCAGAAGUCCGUCUCCGGACCAACUGAAGCCGUGCCAGAGAUUGGCAUGUCGCGCAUCAUCGGAAGCGAACUGAAGGAAAUCAUCACCACCCAGGAGGAGAUAUGCCAAGAUGCCCUUCUCGUGGCGUUGAUCGCACACUGCUUCCUGACCAGUGGUGAAGCCAGGAUGUUCAGGAACCAGGGCAGAAGUGACGAAUGCGACUUCGACGAUAGCCAGUAUGUGAGCCAUGGACGCAGAGUUCUGUUACGAUGCCCCAACAAUGCUACUCAGUGGGUGGCACACACUCAAAACCUUACCGGAUUGGCUCCCGGCGCAUUUGGUGAUCAUACGGAGAAUAUAUUCAUCUCCAUCAACAGCAUACGCACGCUACCGGAGGACGUGUUUGCAAACAACAUCAAUCUCACGAGGCUGACGAUGUCCAGUAACAAGUUGGACACACUGCCAAGUGGAUUACUAGCUCAUAAUGUUAAUCUCAAAUACCUCAAAAUUGAUCGCAACAACUUGACUUCAAUACCAGAAGGAUUCUUUGAUCAUAACCCGGACCUCAUAUCUCUGAAUCUGGGCGACAAUCGGUUAUCAAGCCUACCUCAAGGACUCUUCGAUGGAAAGACCAAGCUUAUGACUCUGGACCUGGAUAGCAAUCGAUUAUCAAGCCUACCUCAAGGACUCUUCGACGGAAAGAACAAGCUUGCUACAGUGAAAUUGGCAGGCAACGCCUUUUCAAGUGUGCCAAGUGCUCUACUCGGAUACAAUCCAGAACUGAGAAGAAUUUAUCUCGACAAUAACAACCUUACCAAAAUACCAACGAGUCUUUUCAUUGGAAAAAAGCAACCAACAUCUGUCUAUCUUAGGGGAAAUCCCUUCCCCUUGAACCACCAUUUGUGUUCGAUCAAGAUCCAUGGAUCUGCAAACACAAUUGUGCUUGACAAGCACGUGCAGCAUUUCUUGGAUAACAAUCUGACGACGGAAUUCUGCCAUGGCCCAUGUUCCAGUAUCCCCGCAGCCGACACACCAUGCUCGGCCAAUGAGAGAUGCACAGGUUCUGUACUGGACCACCACUGUGUCCCUCAUCCUGUUGUACCCGUCACCAGACACGGAGACAAAGCUACGACCUCAAGCCAGACUGGCUCGCAAACCACCGUCGCCGCGCCCAUAACAAGGGAACUAAAGCCCACGGUACCUGGAUCCUCCCUCACCACUCGGCCACGGGGAGCGGGGCUCUCAGCUACCCAGAGUGGAGCAGGAAUCACCGCUAACCCACAUGAGACCUCACCGGACGUACACAAUCUGACAGAACCCACAAAUUCCUCGGCAGCAGUGAAUGCGUCCAGUACACCUCCAGUGCGUGUCAAUUCUAAAAAGUCUGGCCUCAGUACAGGCUUCAUUAUCUUACUGAUCUGUGCCAUUAUCUGCAUGCUCCUGGCUGUGAUGGGAAUCAUGUUCUUCAUGACCAAGAAGGACAAGCGAAAGAAGCAUGGCACCCUGACCAUGAUGAAAGAAAACGGAACGAGCACACGACAGCAGGAGGGUGGAGCGCAAUCAGACUACCCUGCCGAAAUAGAUUACGACGUGGGCAUGGAUUGGGGCAGGAUUAAUGGAGCGUACAUGCUGGCUAAAUUCCCCAAGAGCGGUGUCGCCAGUGUGGACUCGAGGGAGGACGGUUGCAUGUCGCCUUCAUGUAUGUCGACAACGUCCAUCAGAUGGGGUCCAGGCGAAGAAGUUCUCUGCUCUAUGUUCUCGGAAGUCAACAAUGGCUCGGGCCCUAGCUCGUUUAUUCUCGACGACGGCACAAGUGCCGAUGACCAGUCGACGUAUUCCAGAGCCAUUGGCAGGGCUAUCGGCGGAAGCAUGUCCACCGACAACGAGUACAGCUUGAGCAGCAAUGCGGAUGAAUACAGCCAGCAUCUCUACGACUCACUGUCGCAUUCGGAUCAGGGUGGCUAUCUCUGUUCGCAGCUUGGCAGUCGUCAGGAGCAUGCAGAUAAGGAGCACGGUGCGUAUGCAGUGCCCCAUAGCAUGUCCACUGAAAACUUGCAUAACACGGAAUACACUCACGCCAUUGCAAAGACCUUUCUAGGCCGGAAUCAACAGAGUUCGUACAUGUACGAUAAUGUGCACCGCGGCGGCAUACUCACACCUGUAGUGUCGGUGCAUAAUCACAUUCCAGGAUCCGUUUCGAACACUACAAUAUUGUCGAGCACAGCGGAUGGUCACGAUUUGACUAUGCCGAGCGCUUUUGGCAAUUCUGCCCUUUCCGGCGGGAAUGGAAUGGAUGGGGAUCUGCAUGGAGAAGGUGAUGCUGCAUUCAUUGCAUCUGCUGCGACCUUAUUUGCCGGCAGACACGCUCCUGAAGCCACGCGCAGCGCCUUUCUCAAUUCUGCGCUGUCGGGCGAGAACGUAAUGGAUGGAGACCCGCAUGCGGAGGGGAGUGCAUUCAUUUCAUCCGGAUCUAACCUGAGCGCCACCAAACGCGUUCCUGAACCCACAUAUCAGGCACUUGCUAUACACGCGACGGGCGCUGACAUAGCUAGCUACGAAGCAGGAGGACAGCCGGAGGUGGCGGGGCGUGGCAAUGCAGCAUUCUCUACCCUGAGUGCCGGCAAACGUGGUCCUGAACCCAUGUAUCAGGCGGUCGCCCUACAAGCAUCAGGAGCCGAAUCAGGGGGGUAUAUAACAGGGAGAGAUUUGGAAGUUGCGAGUCGCGACAAUGCAGCAUUCCCUAACCAGAGGUCCGCCACGCGCGCGUCCGAACCUACAUAUCAGGCGGUUGCUGUAGAGCCCAUGGGUACUGGAUCAGCUGCCUAUGAAGGAGAUGGUGGACAGCCAGGAGGUGGAGCGUGUGGGGAGGCAGCACUAGUAGAACCUGUUCGCAUGGGCACUGCUGAAUCGCAAGGUUCGGAUCUCUUCCCUAUGCCUCAGAAAACUGAUAUCCGACACAUGCAGACAGUGCAGGCAAACACUGCCCUGGGCACCAGCCGAGAAACCAAAAAGGCUCAGUCAAUGAUGCUGGCAGAUGCGCAUGCUGUUGAUGAGGAUGAAUAUGCAGAUGGUGGAAACAUAAGCAAACCUGGCGCUGGUGCUAGUUCAAGAGUGACGACCGGAACGCCAGGAAAAGCAGUUCCCCAAGUCCAGCGCAUCUCCAAUGGCGAGAAGAUCGACUUUGAUAUCGAAAUUGGUGACGUCUCGCAAGCCACAUCUGAAAUAACGUGUGCAGACGGCAACAGACUGCCAGCACGCAGCGCCGGGAGGUCCGUCGCUGACGUUCGCUCUGCUACACUCAGUGCCGUGUGGACGGAUGAUGCUAGCUGCUUUGCCGAAGACUACACUGCGGAGACGAGUGGCGCACAAGGCAGCAUGAUGAGAGCAUCGCUCGGCCGGGUGCAUACGGACCAUAUCACACACACCGUCGAGGUGACUGAGCUGGGGGACAAGGAGUACGAGCCUCUGGCACCCUACCUCAGGAAGCAGAUGCUAGCCGCCAGAAGCAAAUCCGUGCUGUGUGAAAAGGCUCAGCUCCAGGGUACUGAAGGCACGGAUGCAAAUGGACCAAACUCACAUCGGUGUUAAUCAUUUACUCACCUAAUGGUGAAAUAAUCUAUGUUGGAAAAAUUUAUCGUAAAAUAAUUUAUUGUGGUAUAAUUGGUCGUAAAAUAAUUAUUCUCUAGUAAACUUGCUGCUUCUCCGUUAUAAUCAUAGCUAACAUAAUGUCCUAGCAUUAAGACCCACGGUCUGAUUGAUCUGGCUUGUUUUAGUGAACCCUUUUAAUCAUCUUUCCUGUGCACAUUCAUGCAUAUUAUGGUGGAUGCUCAAUAAUUAAUUGCCAUUUACUUCAGCAAGACCACCGAGUCGGAAAGCACUCGCCCCCCAUACCCAUUGUCUUUUGUCGCGAUAUCGCACGUACACACUCAGACUGUCUGUGUAUCUGCAAGCACGCCUUCCAUUCAAAAGCGUUCCGUGCAAGAUAGUUGGAUCGUAAUGUGCUUCAAUCACUAACCGCUGCUUCCUUGUGGAGAAUCAUCACAAUAAUUUAAUGCUUAACUGAAUUCCAAUAGCUAACGUCUAUACUUGUCGCUAUGUACAACCAUCUACUCGAUAAUAUAAUAGUUUGAAAACAUUUGUAACAUUAGUGGUAAUACAAUAAUAGUUUUAUUGUCUUUCGAAAAGCAAUUCUUUUAUUGAGUGGAGAGGGUAUAGCAAAGCUAUUUCACU